AUGGCUGACUUUGAACUGAAGUUACGGGCCGAUGCCAUGGACGACAGCUCAUCUCAUGUGGGUUCUGACGCAGCAGAGGGACAUUGCGAACCGCCGGCAAAUGACCCCGAAGACCGAAAGUCCAUGAAGAGCGACUGGAGCCGCGACGACGAACCCCUGGAGAAGCGGCUGGAGAAGCACCGACAACAAAGUGAACCAACGGGUUCCUCCUCAUCAAAGAGAAAAGCAAGGCCCGGUCUCUCGGCGAGAGAGGAAAACCCAGCUGAAGAAACCAGCUCACAUGGAAAUACGAGACGUCAAUGGACUGAUAGCCUCAUCCACGACCACCCAUUGACAUUUCCGUUCUAUGCGUCUUCUCCUCCGGCUGCUGCGUACCAGGCCUCCUCGGCUAUUGAGCAUCCGCAACCGGAACCCAGCGGUUAUGGGGGUGUUUCGCUGCCACAAGAAGGUAGCCGGCUGGACCGUGUCGAAUUCCGUGCAAGUUGGCAACGGGACAUGCUCAGGCGGAAGAUGAGGGACUACGGCCUGUCCGACACGGACAUCUCGGCGGCCCAGCUCGAGGAGUUGACAAGAAAGCCCAUGGAUUCCGCCGAGUUUGAGAAGUAUUUGGAGGAGGUCUUCGAAGCGUCGGGGAAGACUGGGCCAAUCGAGUCAUCUGGAAAGGAGACGAUAGAGAUGCACAGAGCCAGGCCAUAUGAAGGAAUGCUGGAAGUUCCGGAGAACCACAGUGAGGAUCUCUUCAUGCGAGAUCGAGACUCCCUGCGCAACGAGGGCGGAAAGGAGCACUGA